AUUGCGCGUCACGCCGCGCGUGGGAACUAGGCCUUAUUUUGACGUACUGCUAUAUUUUUUAUGAUUCCAAAGAUUAACAUAAAUAAUUAUGUGAAUGUAAUUAAGUACAUGUGAUUCCUAUAAUCGCAUUUUUAAUUUCGUCCUAGUCCGACGAAUAUGGUGACCAAAGGCCUGAAUUUGUCUUCCCUGAUUUGCCGAAAGAUUUUAAAAUCAAAUUUUCUAACCAUGUCCCGAAGGAUGUCGACUUCGGAAGACGAGGUUUUGUUCGAAACUAUCAGGAAUAUGGGUGUCAUAACCUUAAAUCGACCAAAAGCGUUAAAUGCAUUGAAUUUACCGAUGGUUCGGAAAAUAUAUGAAAAAAUGCAAGAGUGGGAAACCAAAAUAGGAUUUGUUUUAAUAAAAGGAGCCGGUGAAAAAUCCUUUUGUGCAGGAGGCGAUGUUAGAGCAAUUGUGGAAUCUGGGAUGAAAGGAGGUAAACUAGGUUUCGAAUUCUUCCGUGAAGAGUAUAUGUUAAAUGGUUUAAUCGGCAGUUAUAAAAUCCCUUACGUUGCCCUUAUUGAUGGAAUUGUUAUGGGUGGGGGAGUAGGAUUAUCCGUUCAUGGUGAUUACAGAGUUGCUACAGAGAAAACUCUUUUUGCUAUGCCAGAAACAUUAAUUGGAUUAUUCCCGGAUGUUGGUGCAACGUAUGUUUUACCUCGUUUGCAAGGAAAAUUAGGUGUUUACCUAGCUUUAACAGGGCAACGUUUGAAAGGGUACGAUGUUUUCUUAGCGGGAAUAGCUACGCAUUAUUGUGAUAGUAACCGGAUGCCCGAACUUGAGGAGGCAUUAUCAAAGUGCAACAAUGAUCGUGAUAUAAAAGAUACACUAAAAAAAUUCGGCAAUUCUCUAGACACGCCAUUUUCACUCGCACCAGUACUAUCAAAAAUCAAUAAAUGCUUUUCGGCCCCUUCCAUAGAAACUAUUCUAAAAGCAUUAGAAGAGGAUGGCUCAGAUUGGGCCAGAAAUACUAUCUCUACACUUUCUAAAAUGUCACCAACUAGCCUUAAAGUCUCUUUAAAAGCUGUGAAUGAAGGGGAAAAACUAAACUUAUUAGAAUGUUUACAAGUAGAACAUAGAAUAUCCUGUGCCUGCCUUUCCAAUAAAGACUUUUAUGAAGGUGUUAGAGCAUUAUUAAUUGACAAGGAUCAAAACCCAAACUGGCAGCCUGCUACACUUGCUGGUGUUACCGACGACUAUGUGAAUAGUUUCUUUAAUAAACUUCCGGGCAAUAAUGAGUUACGGUUCAAAUUGUAAGGGUCAUAGCAGAACCUGAAUAAUGGAUAAGAGGUUGACACCAAAUUAUAUCAAUUGAAAUUCAUUGCCUAAUUAGUUAUAAGCACAUCAAAGUUUAUUAAAUUUACCUAAUUAUAUUUGGUUCCUAUAUUCAUUUUGUUAUUCUGUAAUUUGGUUAAUUGUUCUUAUUUCACACAUACACACAAUAAACAUUGUAAUAUUCA